AUGAUUGAAGUCUCAGCAUAUCUUGGAUUACCACCCGUUCCAACAUAUGCAGGACAAGCUCUGUGGAACUAUCGUGGACUCGGGGACGACAGGGCGUCUCUACAGAAGGGCUCUGUCCAAACGCUGGUGUCCUUCACCGGAUCCGCAGAGGAAGAUGGCUUUUUUGGCACCGUGCUGGCAAUUGAGGAGUGCGGGGCGCCAUUGAUUCCGACUAUGCUUCAGGCUGUUGAAGCUGCUUACAAUCAGGAUGCGGAACAGCUUAUUACAUACCUCGAGCGAGCGACCGUGACGUUGAACGACAUGACCUCCCUUUUACCGCGCAUGUACCAGCACUGCAGCCAGAACUUCUUUUACCAUAAACUCCGUCCCUUUCUUGAAGGGACGAAGAACCUGGCAUCCGUACGGUCCCUCGAAGGGGUCUUUUUCGAAGAGCAUGAUGGGGGCCGGUACCGCAAGUACUGUGGACCAAGCAAUGCCCAGAGCUCGCUUUUCGCUUUCGUCGACAUCAUUCUGGGCGUAAAGCAUGAAGAAAACCAAGGGUCAACCAAGACCGACUAUCUGAAGGAGAUGCGAUUGUAUAUGCCUCGAAAGCACCGCGAUUUCUUGGCCAAGGCGGAGCAGAUGCCCAAUAUAAGGGAGUAUGUCCGGUCAUGGUCGGAGAAUGUUCUGUUGACUGCAGCCUACGAGAAUUGUCUUACUGCACUCCUGCAGCUCCGGCAAGCCCACAUUCAGAUGGUGACAAGGUACGUUGUGGUCAUGGCAAAGCGCCAACCGUCCUCCAACAGGGCCAAGCUUGAUCCCACAGGUGCCAUGAGGAGUGCAGUGGGCGAAACUGGCACGGGGGGUACAAAUGCAAUUAAAUUUCUGAAGUCUGUUCGGGAUUCUGUAAUUCAGGCGAGAGAUGAUUAA